AUGGUAAGCUGCCAAGAGCGCCAAGUCUUCUGCCGCAACUUCUACCAGGCGAGCGAGCACAAGCCGGUCGGCUGCUACUCGAAUACACGAUGGGAUCCGACGAUGUGCCAUUGUGAACGCCUCAACGAUACCGCGGCCCCAAUUCUCGAGCUGGAGGCCAGUCUACACCUCCAAGAUCUCUACUCGAGUUAUAUGAAGACAACAGACCCGUCGAACCCCAAAUCGCGACAAUGCUUGACGAGACCAAUAAUGCGCACCUGGGAGCAGGGCAUCCAGAUACCGAAGAUUGUCCUCUGCGACGUGACAACCCCAUACUAUAGCCCGAAAGACGGCUGCAAAGAGGUUACCGAUGCGCCGUACAGCGAGACGGCCGUCGCCUUCUACGAGUUCAUCGAUGAUCUCAAGAUUGUCUACAUGUGCCCCGACAAGGGCCAGGUCUUCUGCACGGAUCGUACGAGGGAUGGGGGCGCUCCAGAAGCUGUCGUGGCGGGAUGCUACAAUCCGGGGAUGUGGAUCGAGAGCUCAUCUGAAUCGUACCGAUGCGUUCCCGAAGCCGCCGACAACGUCGACGACGUCGACGACCUCGACGACGACAACAACAACAACUACUACUACCACGAGUACAACUACGACCACCACUACUACAACUACUACUACCACAACGACCACCACUACCACGACGACGACGACGACGACGACGACGACGACGACGACGACGACGACAACGACCACAACAACAACGACGACGUCAUCGACAACCCCCACCACUACCACCACCAUGAACACGACAACUAUGCCGCCAACUACGACUCUGCCUCCUACCACAACGACGAGUACUACUACAACUACCACCAGCAGCACGACGACGACCACUACCACCCCUACGACGACCGCUACAAGUACAACAGCUUCUACCAGUACAACUACACCGACUACAACGACUUCAACCAGCACAACGACUACGACGAGUACGACAACAACAACUACCACCACAACCAC